GGCCAUCAUGGAUAAGAAGCUGGCUGCCUACGUGAACAUCCUGCCGAAGAGCUCGGCCUUGUAUUUCUGGAAGGGGGAACUGGAAGAAUCCACUGAAAUACUGCUGUUAGUGAAAACAAGGACAUCCAAAAUAGGCGAAUUGUCCGACUACGUCAGAUCUAUCCAUCCCUUUGAAAUUCCUGAAAUCAUCAGCCUGCCUGUUGACCAGGGAAACCCUCUCUACCUCAAAUGGAUAGGGGAAAGUGUCCCACAGGACUAA